AUGCUGCCAGAACACGUGGCGGCGCAGAAUCUUCUCGAGCUGCACCAGCUGUGGGCGAGCGGGCAGGCCGCGGCGCCCGCGCCGCGGCCGCGGGAGGCAGCCAGCUUGGAGGGCCCGGUGGACGUCAGCCUGGAGGAGCUCGCCCGGCUCCGAGGAGCGGACGGCGGCCGUGUCGCGCUCGGCUUCGGCGGCAGGGUCUUCGACGUCUCCACGGCGCGCGAGCUGUUCGGGCCCUGCGGUCGGUACGCCGCACUCGCAGGCAGAGACGUCACGCGCUGCCUGGGGGAGAUGUGUCUGGACGCCGAGUGGCUGGGCGACGUCGGCAGCGAGGAGGAGAGGCAGCUGGCGGAGUGGAACGGGCUUCUGAUGGCGAGGUACCCUGUGACGGGCAGCCUCGGAAUCCAGUGCAAGCGUACGGCAUCCCUAGCGAGCGACGCCCCACUAGAGCAGGGCAUCCCUGCGCGAGUGGUGACGCCGCCUUUUGCAACAUCUGCAGAAGAAGACGCGCGACCUGUUCUGCUCAGUGCGGCCUCGGCGAGCCAGACGAAGAAGCACGCAGCGACGCAGGCGGAUUCCGGCUUCAUGGCCGGCAAGAGCUUGAUCUCCGUCGUGGAGAAGCAGAGGCGGCAGAAGGCAUUGAGAGGAGGGCUCAGUGACUCCCUGAUGGCCAGGAUGUGCCCGCUUCACGCAGACGAUGCCACCAAGAAGCUCGUCGCCGUGAAAGCGGCCAUCUCGUGCAUCAGUGGCGCGGUGAGCCUGCAUCGGCAGCUGAACGCUUUGCCGUGA